GCGAGAGGCGCUGGAGGCCUGAGCCCCCCCUGCCCUGCGGGGAGCGGCGCGGGUGAGGUCGCGGCGGGGGCGCUCUCGGAGUCCCCCGCGACGCCCCAGGGGGAGCGCAGCCCCCGGAGCUCCCCGGUCAUGUGCCCGUGAGCCCUGGUUCUGCCCACAAAGGCCAUGGAGAAGAGGUUGGAAGCCAAGUUCAGCAUUAGCUUCUGGAUUUUAUCAGGACGUUGCCUGGGAAGUUUUCACCUGUUCUACAUGUCUGCCUGCCUCUUUGCCCUUUCUUCAUCUACAGAUGUAAACUGGAAUAGAGCCGUGUGCCAGCCAGAGAAGGUCCUGUUUGGUGGCCAUUUGAGAUCAUGGGGAGAUCACCAGCUAAAGCUUCUGGAGGGAUUUCACACUGCCCAGUCAUGUCAGGCUGCUUGCUGCCACAGCCCCAGCUGUGAUGCCUUUUGGUUGUUGGAAAAGAUGUGUAUCCAGGUGAACUGCAUGAUUCCCCAUCAGUGUCAGGCAAACAGGACUGACUCCUCAGAUUCCGUUUUGGUGUUUCUAAAGAAAUCGAAAACUACAGAGCACUCCUUAAGCUCUCAGUCUGAAGGCGAGGUGGAGACUCUGCUUCCCAAAUUGUUGGAUUGGCACAUGCCGGUCCGAGCCAAAAAGAGACUGCGAAGGUCCUUCCGGGAGCUGUUGACACAAAAACAGCACUUGGCAAAUGACAGGAGGGGCUUGCUGAAAAGGGAUAAAACGGAUAUCCCCACCAGGGGGAAUGCUGAAAAUCUGCCAGCCGAUAUCUUGGACAGCAAAUCUAAGAGCAGCUUGAGUAAAAUUGGUCUGAAGGAUAACCCAGAAUCUAGGCCUUCAUUGAGGGAGGUGUAUGUUCCCAGUGACCAUGCAACUCGAGAGAAAACUUCACUGCAAAAUGGAGCGGACUCAAGAGAACAGAAAAACAAAAGCCUUGCCUCUCUUGAGAGCAAUAGUGUGAGUGGACCGAGUGAUCCAACUGGUAGCAACUCUCUAUGGGCUCAUGCAGGAACUUCCAUAUCAGAACUCCCAGUGCUGGCUACGUUCUCCACUCCCAUAGCGCUGGGUUUGACUGCCACUGGCAAAGCUGAGAAACCCAAGCAGUCAAACGACACUUCCGUCCAGCCUCUUUCCUUAGAGGAGAUUCUCCCUACGAUCAGUGCUCUGGAGGGGAAAAACACGAUGAAGGUGCAGACCGUUACCACUAUGCCCACCGGUGUCCCCACCAACAACAGUGUUACCACAGUCCAGGCUAUCCCUGCCAUGUCAUCAAGCAUCCCUACACCAGUGCCAGUUAUGAAGGAGCUGGUAGUUUCUGCAGGAAACAAUGUCCAAGUGACCCUGCCAAAGAAUGAAGUUCAGUUAAAUGCGUUUGUCCUUCCUGAACCACCAACAGGAACCAGCUACUCCUAUGACUGGGGCCUGAUUACUCACCCAAAAGACUACAGUGGAGAGAUGGAAGGCAAACACUCCCGGACCCUCAAGUUAUCUAAGCUCACCGUUGGUCUGUAUGAAUUCAAAGUAAUAGUUGAUGGGGGAAAAGCACAUGGGGAAGGUUACGUGAAUGUGACAGUUAACCCAAAGCCUCGUGUGAAUCAGCCUCCUGUGGCUAUUGUGUCACCACAAUCCCAAGAGAUUUCACUGCCAACCACCUCUACUGUCAUCGAUGGCAGCCAAAGCACUGAUGAUGAUAAAAUUGUAAGUUUCCAUUGGGAAGAAUUGAAGGGGCCACUACGGGAGGAGAAGGUAUCGACUGAUACUGCCAUAUUGAAACUGACCAACUUGGUACCUGGGAAUUACACAUUCAGCCUAACAGUAGAGGAUUCAGAUGGUGCCAGCAACUCUACCACUGCCAGCUUGACUGUGAAUAAAGAAGUGGAUUAUCCUCCAGUGGCAAACGCAGGCCCAAACCAAGUGAUCACGCUUCCCCAAAAUUCUAUCACCUUGUACGGGAACCAGAGCACUGAUGAUCAUAGCAUUGUCAGCUACGAAUGGUUACUCAGCCCCAGUAGCAAAGGAAAGGUGAUGGAGAUGCAGGGUGUGAGGACCCCAAUAUUACAGCUCUCUGCAAUGCAAGAAGGUGAUUACACCUACCAGCUAACGGUGACUGAUUCUGCAGGCCACCAGUCCACCGCUGAGGUCACUGUGAUAGUCCAGCCUGAGAAUAAUAAGCCCCCUAAAGCAGAUGCUGGCCCAGAUAAAGAACUGACCCUCCCUGUGGACAGCACCACGCUAGAUGGCAGCAAGAGCUCAGACGACCAGAAAAUAGUCUCCUUCCUCUGGGAAAAAACACGGGGCCCGGAUGGUGUAAAACUGGAGAAUGCCAACAGCAGCAUUGCUACUGUAACUGGGCUUCAGGUUGGAACAUACGAAUUCACACUGACUGUCAAAGACGAAAGGAGCUUGCAAAGCCAAAGCUCAGUUAAUGUCAUCGUCAAAGAAGAGAUGAACAAGCCACCAGUUGCAAAGAUUGCUGGGAAUGUUGUCAUCACCCUGCCUACAAACACAGCAGCCCUGGAUGGAUCCAAAUCCUGGGAUGAUAAGGGAAUUGUCAGCUACCUAUGGACCCGGGAUGAGGGGAGUCCUGCGGCUGGGGAGGUGUUAAAUAAUUCAGACCAUCACCGUGUGCUUUUCCUCUCCAACCUGGUUGAAGGGACAUACACAUUCCAUCUGAAAGUGACAGAUGCCAAAGGAGAGAGUGAUGCAGAUAGGACCACUGUGGAAGUCAAAGCUGAUCCAAGGAAAAACAAUCUUGUGGAGAUGAUAUUGGAUGUUAAUGUCAGCCAGCUGACGGAAAGGCAGAAGGGUAUGUUAAUCCGUCAGAUAGGCGUUCUGCUGGGGGUCCUGGACUCGGACAUUACCGUACAAAAGAUCCAGCCAUACACAGAGCAGAGCACAAAGAUGGUGUUCUUUGUGCAGAACCAACCGCCCCAUCAGAUCUUCAAAGGGCACCAUGUAGCGUGGACACUCAAAAGUGAACUCCGGAAACAGCAGUCGGACUUUCUCAUCUUCCGAGCACUAGAAAUUAAUACAGUCACAUGCCAGCUGAAUUGCUCUGAGCAUGGGCGCUGCGAUUCCUUCACCAAGCGCUGCAUCUGCGACCCGUUCUGGAUGGAGAACUUCAUCAAAGUGCAGAUGGGGGAGGGCGAGAGUAACUGCGAAUGGAGUGUGCUGUAUGUGAUCAUUGCGUCCUUUGUCAUUGUGGUUGCCUUUGGAAUCUUAUCCUGGACUGUGGUCUGCUGUUGUAAGAGGCGGAAAAGAAAACCCAAAAGGAAGAGCAAAUACAAGAUUUUGGAUGCCACAGAUCAAGAGAGUCUGGAGUUAAAACCAAACCUCAAAGCAGGCAGCAGACAGAAAGCUCAGGUCCUUAACACCAGCCUGAUGCACUCCGAAUCUGAACUGGACAGCGACGAAGCCAUCUUCACGUGGCCGGACCGAGAGAAAGGGAAACUACUCCGGAGUCAGAAUGGCUCCCUGCGCAAUGGACAGGUGCUGCCCAAACCGAAGAACCAGAGAGAAGAGAUCUUAUAACCAAGCCCUAGGUCACCUUUAGCUAGGGGACAGAGUGAAAUGGGGGGCCCCUGGAGACCAGCUGGAUCGUUUUAGGACAAAGCUGCUAACUUAUUUCACGGAAACUACCUUUGUUUUUAUGGGUUUCUUUUCGUUCGAUGGGAACUGGUUGUACUUGAAUCCUGACUUCAAGGGAAAUCAAAGGGAGGAAAAGGAAACUGAAAUACAGACUACCUGGCAUCUGGAAUGCAACAGGACAGAACCACUUACCACAGGUGUGAAAGCACAGACACACCCACCUCAUACUGCAAUGGAGGUAAAAGUCCCAUGGACCUUUAGUCUACUCCCCACCGGAGGUUUCUUCUCUCUGAAGGAGGGUCAGGGUCGGGCUUGUGAGAGCCAGGCUUUGGGCUCCCAUCAGACCACCGCAGCUUCCCAUAGUGAUGGCACACUGACUGACUGACCUUUUUUAAAAAGAAAAACCUAGCUUACAUGUACUUCAGCUGCAGAAAAAGCUUUCCCCCCACCCCUCUACCCCAACCCCUCCACUGAUUGAGCACCAUUUUCUAAAAAAUUAACCUUGUCCUUUCACACCAGCUAACCGGAUGGGAUGGGGGGCAUUCAAAAUACCACACUCACUCAGAAUGGGCUGCAUCAGUUCACGGCUAUGAGGGGGUUUAAUUGUUUUAAAUUGUUAGUCUUGUCACUGGGAAUGGAGAUGAAAUGGCACCUAAUCUGAUGCUGAAAGCUUAGCUGGAGUGAACAGCUCAGCUCCAGAGUCUGUGGUAGCCAGCUGAAUGGGGCUCCCUCAUCCCUUCAGCCAGCCCUUCCUGGUUUGGAGCAGACCAGGGGAUCAUUUGCUAAUGGAAAGGAGAGUGCCUGCCUUUCUGAUAUCUGCGACUAAUAGCUUAAUUCCAAAGCCGUGAGAUAUUUAUUCAGAUCCACAGCACACUAUGUAGAUUCUGAAAUGCUUCAGCGUGUGCUCAGUAACACUGUCGAAUAUCAAUACUGCCCUCCCUACUGUCAGAUGCCAUGAUGCUGUCCUUUCUUCAAACGCUUACACACGUCAAAGACAAACAUGGGUGGAUACCUUCACUCCCUGAUGGCUGGACAUUCCCUUCCAACUGGCACUUCGGUAGCCUUUUUUUGUGCUGUAAUUGAGUAGCAUUGAGUCCUGUGUAUGCUCUUAGCAUUGAAUUGUUUUGACUGACAGCUGGCAUGCACACUUCAAAAUCAUUAAGUGAUUGAAACUGGGACCAUUCAAAUCCUCUUUGCCCGAAUACCUGCAGGUGGCUCGCAGAGGCACAUCCCUGUAUGGAGUGUAUCCUCGCUGGGGAGCUUGGUUCUGAACUACAUGCCCCUUUUGGUUGAGGACAACAUGGAGUUGAAUGAUUGUGUGGGGCACUCCCUCCCCAAUGCCAUUUCUGUCUCAACAUGCUGCUUUCUUGAGCCAAACCUCCAUCCUUGGCAAGCGUUUGCCCUUUUCAUUGGGGUGUCAGAUGCCUCUGCCCCUCUGGGAUGAGUACUUAGUUCAUGGCCUUUCUUUGUGUUUAAUUAAACUGGUAACUUGUGUCAUUGGCUUCUUUCUUUGGAUACUGAAAGACAAAAGGCUUUAAACUCCUAAAUUGUAUUUAUAGUACUGCACUACUGACUUGUGUUGAACCAGAUGAAGAUUAAAGACACUAUUUAAUUUGA